AUGAAAAGUAAAACAACUAUUGGAGUGUACGCUAUAGGAGUAUGUGUCACCGUUGCCGCUUGCUCCGUCCUAUUAUAUUAUUUCUUGAAGAAAAAGGAGAGAAGCCAUAAAGAUAUGAAUUUGGAUAAAGAAAUAAAAACAGCGGGAAGACCACUACGGAAAAAGAGAGGACGUUUUCAAACGCCUCGACGUAUUAUGUUAUCGAAACACGCCUUGCACACGAAAAAAGUCACUAAUUCAGCAAAAAUGACUCACACCACUUCUAAUGAAACUUUUGGCAACAGCUCAACUAAAUUGGAUAUAUCCAGCACAUCAAGAAAAAUUAAAGAUCAUUCGCCAUCCAGUUAUGUGCAACCACUGGAAGUUGGCAUCUCAUCAACUUCUUCACCGGAAAAGAGCAAGGACCAAUAUUCGAGUGAAAGUUAUCCACCUGUAAUUAUCCGGAAGCACAAAGAAUUGCCAAAAAUAUUACUGCCAUCGGAGAAGUCAGAAGAAUUGAGGGACGAUAAGACCAAAUCAGUCGAAUCUGUCAGUGCUACAAAACUUCAUAUAGCUGAAGAAACUCCUUCACCCACAGAGGUUAUUCCGAUUGAUUCGUACUGCUAUUGUGGACAAGAUGUAGGAAUUUAUUCGGAUGCAGCAGGAGAACUGAACGAAAAUUGUAAAGUGAAAUUGCUGCCAACAAUUGUGAAACCAGUUUCAUUUGAUCCUUAUUCGCCGGAAGAUCUUACUCAAGUGGAAGGUGCGAGUGAAGAAAUGAGUAAAAACUCGACGCAAAUGUACCUAAAACCAAUGAAUCAUCACAUUAUCAUACCUUUCUUGCCUAUAUUACACGCUAUUACCUAUGCAUCCAAACAUGGCCAACUUCUGGAAGAACUUUUGCAGAAUUAUGAUUAUUUCGAAUCACAGUUCACUUGA